UAUAUUGUGAAUUUGAAAUUUUUUAUGAAUAUCUGGUGAAUAGAAAAAUUAGGGUGAAAAUUUCAUAUGAUAGGGUUACUUCGUAUGUACUUCAAAGAAGAUAAGAUCAAAUUAUAUCAAAUCUUUUUAUUUGUAUCAUAUAGCUAACUUUAAAUUUCGUAACUUAAAACCUCCGUUUCACAAUAAUCAUCCAAAUAAGAUUCGGAGCAAUAAAGAAAAAUCCGCAUUGGAACUUCACAAUUUAAUUUCAACCAUGUCAAAUUAAACGAAGCCGCGCAGAUUAAUGAAACGUCUAAGUCCACACUCAUCCCUAUUUUCUAGUGCCGUUCAAAUCCUUCAUCGUUAAGAUUGAGGCCACUUGAAAAAAAAGCUGAAUUCUUGAAUUUAUUUUUCUGGGUAUUUCAUCAAAGUUAUUAUUAUUACUCCAAAAUAUGGUAAAAUGGGUCAAAAAAUCUCAAAAGAUGAAUUGGUUUAUCAGCAAGUGAUUGAAGGAAAUAUUAAUGCCAUUAAAACUCUUUUCACUGGAGGUGCUCGACUCGAGUGGAUUGAUAAAGAAGGGAAAACUCCAUUGAUUGUGGCUUGUAUGGAUCCUAGACUUUAUAUUGUGGCCAAGACUUUGAUUGAACUGGGUGCAAAUGUUAAUGCUUAUCGCCCUGGGAUUCAUGCGGGUACGCCUUUGCAUCAUGCUGCGAAAAGAGGCCUGGACCACACUGUUAAGUUGCUUCUCUUGCAUGGAGCAAACCCUUUUGCAAGUAAUGAUGAUUGUAAAACACCGCUAGAAGUAGCAAGAACAAAGGGUUACUGCAAUGUUGUCCGUGCAAUUGAGGCACAUAUAUGCUACUUCUCUGGUGAAAUACGUGAGAUUCUGCAGAUGCCAAGCAUCCUUGGUUCUUUGGUGCCUCAUCGAUUAGCUAGAAAACGCUCAAAGAAGAGUUGGGCGGUGGUUGUUCCUUGCAGCCUCCCUAAUACAGGAGGGCCUAUAAGAUUGGAGCUUGCUGUGUAUUCUAGUGCGCAGGAUACCCAGCCUCAUACUGUCAUUCCUCUUUGGAAGUCCAACAUCGUGGAACCAAAGUUUCGUAAGUCAGAUCCCUCCUUGACAAUCUUCAACGAGUUCACUGGGUCCCGUUUUAGAUUUUUAUCUGUCAUCAAGGGAGACAAGCAGCAACUUGGUCAGUUACACAGUGCUUGCAAAGGGUUUCUUAAGGUUAGACCUUCCCCUCAGCUGUCCAGCGCCGGAGAUUCUGCACAAUCUGAAGCUAACACAAGCAAUCAGCCAGUCAAUUCUACAGCUGUCAUCUCAGCAGCAAUUCUUUCAGCUCCAUCAGCUCCUCCCUUACCCAUGGACGGUGUAGUUCAUGGGCCUAUUCAUCAUGCAGCAAUCGAUAUGGAUCGUGUUGACUUGUCUGUUACCAGUAGCAAAGAAAAUGGUAAAACAGCAGCGCCUUGUUGUGUGAUAUGCUGGGAAGCUCCAAUUGAGGGGGCUUGCGUUCCUUGUGGUCAUAUGGCUGGCUGUAUCUCGUGCUUGUCAGAAAUCAAAUCCAAGAAAGGGCUUUGUCCGGUUUGCCGAACCAAGAUUGACAAGGUUCUCAGGCUAUAUGCUGUUUGAAAGAGGCUUGACUUUUUUUUUUUUUUUUUGAUGUUUGCCAGUGUGGAAUUUUAUUCUAUACUUGUGCAAUGAGAAGUGUGGUCAUGUUAUUCAGUUUUUUGUGAAGUUUUGCUAGUCUAUCUAUUGUAUAGUCAGAAAUCAGAAUGUUUACAGGAGGAGAGUUAGAGUUGUGCUGUAGAUAUCUACCAAGUCAUACUUUUUUGAAAAAAAAAAUUUCAAUGAGUAAAUAAUCAAUUUUGCCACUUGCUACCAA